AUGAGCGAGAAAACUGAGGGCACGUGUGCCGUGUGCAGCAAAACAGCGACGACUCGUUGCGGCAAUUGCAAGAAAGUCUUCUACUGUGACAAGGAGCAUCAGCGUGAGCACUGGCCCAGUCACAAAAGCAUCUGCCUGGCUUACGAGAUCAAAGAGAACGAGAAGUUAGGCAGACACUUACUAGCGACGCGCGAUUUAAAAGCAGGAGAUUUGGUUCUCAGCGAGGCACCGAUUGUUUGGGGUCCGGCUGCCCACAGCGAGGAGCGCAUUUGCGUUGGCUGCGGUACCAAGAACACCGUGUGCAGAUGUCCAAACUGCGCGUGGCCGGCUUGUAUGGUCUCCUGCCCUGGUCUAGUCGACGAGCACAGGCACGCGCAGGAGUGUCCAUUGCUCGCUGCCGCGAGGCUUCUCCCAAGGUGCGACUAUCUGCUAGUACUGCGAGUGCUGAUCCUGGGCCGCAAACAACCGAAGCGUUGGCGGCAGCUCACCAAGCUGCAGAGCCACGAAGAGAGUCGUGGGCCUGGCACGGAUGCUCACGAGGAGACGCAAUCUGUCGCCCAAUACUUCGGCCCACUACUCGCGCACGAUCCUGUCUCGGCUCGGAUUCUCCCCAAAGUUUGUGGUCUCAUCGACGUGAAUGCUCUGGAGACGAACCCGCCCGAGGGUUCGGCUGCUCUCUACGAGAAUGCGUGCCUGCUUCAGCAUUCUUGCCUAGCCAACACGCGCCAUACGUUUACUCUCGACGAGCAGGGUAGACCCAAGAUCAACGUCAUUGCCCUAACUUCCAUUAAAAAAGGCGACCACUUGAGCACGACGUACACUCACGUACUGUGGUCAACGAGGGCCCGUCGCGAGCACUUGUUGGCCACCAAGUACUUCGCGUGCGAGUGCAAACGCUGCGCCGACCCGACGGAACUAGGCAGUCACCUCGGCACACUCAGGUGUCCGUGCGAGAAGGGAUACGUCACGCCAGACGAUCCUCUCAAUCCCGAAAGCGACUGGUCUUGCAGCGAAUGUCCGGGUGUUCUUAGUGGCGGAGAGGUCGCUCAACUUACCGAUAGACUUAGCGAGGAAGUCGAAGCUGCCAUGAGCGUUCCCGUCAAAGCUAUCUUAUCCGACUUACUCUUCCGGCUGACUGUCCUCCUACACCCAAGUCACCAGCACUGCACAACAAUUGGCCACUCGCUCAUGCAGAUGCUCCCACCCGACGAUCCGAAGAAGGAGGAGCUGUGCAAGCGCCUGAUUGACACAAUCGAACGCGUCGAUCCUUACGGCGGGCGACUUGCACUUUACCACGCCAUAGCCUUGCGCGAACUGUCCAAGUGCUCCAAUCGGGAUAAAAAAGUACUGCUUAAGAAGGCGAUGGAACUUUUGAGGUACGAGCCGCCCAACAGCGCCGGAGAUAAACUUGCUACCGUUAUUUUAGCUGAUGCUUGA